UGGCUGUGAUUAUGUUCUCAACUCUACAGCAAAGGCUGAUAUCUGUGGUGUGUGUAAUGGCGACAACUCAACUUGUCAGGUGACUUCAGAAUCCAUAGAGGAGCCUCGUCCUUAUGGGUACACAGAUAUUGUCAUCAUUCCUGAGGGGGCUGCCAUGAUAGAGGUCACUCAACAAGCCUAUCAUGACCGACCGAUUGAUGAUAACUACCUUGCACUGGUUGAUCUGGAAACUGGGAAAUACUUAUUGAAUGGUGGCUUAAUUGUGACUCCCUUCCCUAAGCUGGUAGCAUUUGGAGGAACUCUGUUAGAAUACUCUGGAUCUAGUUCAGUCACUGAACGCAUUAACUCUACUAAACCUUUGCAGAAGAAAUUGUUGGUUCAGAUCCUGUCAGUGGGCAACUUGAACCCACCCUACAUUGCAUAUAGUUACACAAAAUCAAAUUUGCAUUCAAAUGAAAAUUAUUUCUGGCGAUUAAGUGACUGGACCAAUUGUUCCGAGCCUUGCAGUGGUAAACGUAAGCGAACUGCGUACUGUGUACGGACAGACACAGGUGUGCAGGUGAAGGACAACCUGUGUUCCCUGCAUCAUAAACCAGCGACACAGGAGGGGUCCUGUAUUCAUACUUGUCCAGUCUCCUGGAAGUACAAUGAUUGGUCAAAGUGUGAGCUGAGGGGUGAGAUUUGCACGAGGCAGCGUAAAGUGGUUGGGUGUGUUUCCAGCCUGGGAAUUAGUGUGGAGAUGGAGCGUUGUGAAGCCGACCAACUGUAUACAAAAAAUGACUGUCUUCGUGAAGAGUGUCCAUCAUGGAGCUACUCUGGCUGGACUUCGUGCGCAUGCAAAGGGGAAGAGACUGUGAGUGUGCAGAAGCGUCUGUUCUCGUGCACUCUGCGGGACCGGGCCUUGCCAGCCUGGGAAUGUCCAGAGCUUGAUAAACCCGUAGAGGUGCGCAACUGCUCUUGUUGGCAUGCUGAGGAAUGGAGCUCCUGGUGUGACUUGGAGAGCCAUGGCGGCAUCGCUGCUGUUGGGGGCAGCUUGCAGGCAGAGAGAAAAACAAGCGACGAGAGAGUCAGUGUGAAAGGUGGAGAAGGAGAAGGAGAUGAAAACAGCUUGCGUAUCUGUGGGACGGGAGUGAAGCGACGACACGUCUACUGUGGUGCGCCAGCAGACAAUCUCCCUCCCAGUGACUGUGAUGCCAAAACCAAGCCUCCUGAAACUACUUCCUGCCACAUCCCAUGCCCAUCUACAACCACAACUACCACAACUACCACAACUCCUCCUCCACCCAUCCCAAUCACCACUGAAACUCACCCUACUUCAUCUACAUUAACAUCUUCCAACUCUUCUUCUGUUACGUCCUCUCAUGCUGAUAACUCCUCUCCACUGAUCAAGAGUAAGAGUGGGAGGCAGCAGAGCCAGCACAACACUCUGGGUGCUCCCUACCAUAACCACAAGAGUGACGGAGACAUAUAUAGCAGUGGGUUAACAUCUUGGAAACAGUCCCAUCAGCAUAGAGACUGGCCAGGAGAGCCAUGGAUUCAAGGAGGAAACUUUGGAAUGAACCCAGGGCAAGAAACGAAUGAGAUCCCUAAUGCUCUCCCAAGCAGCCUAGACGAGAAGGAGAGAAACAGCCGAAAUGAUUUCUCCAAUGUCCGGUCGGAUGCCACAAGUCACCAUGACGAUUACGUUAGAGAGAGAAAUAAGAACUCUCUCCACUGGGAUGAACACAGCAGUGAAGAAGAGAGUAACAGUGUAGUGCAAGAUUAUGAUCCACUGGUCAUUGAUAAUGACAGCUACAACACUAACUGGCAAACUGGUGGAUGGAGUACGUGCUCUCGAGACUGUGGUGGUGGAGAGAAGCGUCGGCAAGUGGUGUGCAUGGGCGAAGAAUCUUUGUGUCCACAAGAUAGACGGCCAAUAGACACUGCCCCAUGUAACACUCAUAUUUGUACUGAAUGGUCCACAGGAGACUGGGGUCAUUGCCGCAUACGACGUGAGCGUCAACGGCGCUGUGGACGAGGUCAGCAAGAACGUCUGGUUGUUUGUAGAGAUCCUAAUGGCCCUCCGCUGGAUGAUAAACAAUGCCAUGCUGCUGACAGACCCACUUACAAACGGCCAUGUAAAAUUCCCUGCGGCGGUGGUGGAAGGAGACGAGGACGACAACGACAGCGAUAUAAAUGGAAAGCCGGAGAAUGGUCACCGUGCUCGGAGGCGUGUGAUCGGGGUGUUAUGUAUCGUAAUGUGACCUGUGUUGACACUCAGAUGAAUGGAACGGCUGUACAUGAUGAGUACUGCCUUCGGGAAGGGCUGUCUAGGCGCAAAUCCAGUCGCCGCUGUAAUAAACACCCUUGCCCAUUUCGUUGGGUUACAACCCCAUGGUCUGAGUGUUCGAAGGUGUGUGGUGCAGGAAUAGAGACACGAGAGUCUAGCUGCCAUGCCAUCAACAACCUGGGAUGGGUUGACCCUCAACCCGUGACUCGAGGGUGUGAUGAUGCCAAAAAGCCCCGAAAUACUCGCAAGUGUAACCUUGGUCAUUGUAACUUAGGAUAUUAUUGGAAAGUUAAACCUUGGAAGCCAUGCCAGGCAGAGUGUGGUAAACGAGGUGUACAGCGCCGAGGAGUCAACUGCAUAAAUACAGAAAGUCAGAGAGUAAACAGAAGUUUGUGUGCCACUGAACAUCGUCCUCGCAAGAAGCAGAAGUGCCGUGCACAGCCCUGUGGAUAUAGUACAUGUUCUGAGGCACAGAGUGUGUUGCGUGUAACAGUGGAUGGAGAGUAUUCCCUGCUUGUGGGUGGACAUAACAUGAGUAUCUUCUGUUUGGGAAUGAACACAUCAAGCCCUAAGGAGUAUCUUACACUACCAGCAGGGGAGGAGGGAAACUUUGCCGAGAUAUACAAUCAAAUUUUAAAUGACCCUGAUACAUGUCCUCAUGAGGAAGAACGUCGUACUAACUGUGACUGCCGGCAAAAUGAAAGCAGUCAUUCUGGCUACACUUCAUUCAGUAAGAUAAGACUCAACACAACAUCUCUAGUUGUUGACACAUAUGACUUCACAUUUGCUCGAGCAGUGGAUGGUCAUUUAGUAAGGUAUGGUGAGGCUGGCGACUGCUUCAGCAUGGCACUGUGUCCUCAGGGAGCCUUCUCAAUCAAUCUGGCCGGAACAGCACUGGCAGUUUCUCCACGUACUAAUUGGAUCACCAGAGGCACUAAUGCAGCCCAUUAUAUAAAUAGAUUAGAUGACAACCAGCGGAUUCUUGGACGAUGUGGUGGCUAUUGUGGAACUUGUAAUCCAGACCCAGUUACCGGGCUGAAGCUCAUGCUUAGAGAUGGCUGAAGUUUUGCUCCAGAGAGACCUCUCUCUCUCAUCUUGUCUUCAGGAAGCCCCCUGUUGUGAGGGCAACUAAUGAAAGUGGAUAAGGUAGUGGGGUGAAAGUUCUCUUCUGGAUUUGUUGUGCAAAUUCAGAGCAGAUUUGACUGGGGCAUCCUUAAGAAUAGUAAAUUAUAAUUUUUAAUAAAAUAACUUUUAUUUAUUAUAGGAGGAAACAUUUUACUGCCAAUAAAAAUAUACCUUGAAUUAGUUUUAAGAUAGUGAUCAAGAGAGAACAUCAACCAAAUACAGACAAACUGCUGACAAAUGUGAGAAAUACAUUAAGCAAGGCAAGAUUUUAUUUGUCAAUGUUCUGAUCAUGCGAGAACUUUAUCAAGUCCUACAGAGAAACACUGUUAGCUAAUAUCAGUGAAACACACAGCCUGUUACUAGCUGACAGCAGAGAAGCACGCAACCUGUUAUUAGCUGAUAUCAAAGAAACACACAAGCUACUACUAGCUGAUGUCAGAGAAGUACAUAAGCUGCUACUUGCCAAUGUCAGAGAGCACACAAACUGCUACUAGCUGAUUUUGGAAUACAGCUAGAACAAAGGUAGAAAGUUUUCAUGAGGAAAUUGAGGCAUUACCUUCUCUAAGUAGCAGAUCAACCAGUUUGUGAUGCAGGCAAGUGGGACACUAGCAGCAACAGCCUGAUUAACCAGGCAAACAAUGCUGGCUUCAAGCUGGGAUGCAUGGUUGGAAGUACUCUUGAAACCAGUCACAGGUAUGAGAGUGAGAUGUGGUAGGUGUAUAGUGACAGGUGGAUCAAGGCUCACUGCUGUUUGGUCAGGUAUUGAGCCAGAUUUUUAGAAAUGAGUCUCUUGAAAGGAGGCUCUUGAUCAAAGGAAUUGGAGGUACCCUCUCGAAUCAAACCUGAUUGCCAACCAUUUCCCCAGGUACAAUGUGACUACCAAUUUAGUGUCUUGAUUGGCAAUGUACUCACCUUACACACAGAUUAUCUAUGGUUCAGUCCCCGACAUGGGUGGAAACAUUGGAUGUAUUUCCUUACACCUGUUGUCAGUGUUAGUUGACUGUUGAGGGUUGUAUCCUGAUGGACAAGAUUGAAGGACCACAGUGGAAACAAGACACAGUCCUCAAUGACACACUGACUUUCUUAUCUUAGACAAACAAAUACAAAAUUUAUUUCUUUGCGAAGGUUACAAUGUGACAUUACAUUUUAUAAUUUGUUAAGUACAAAGAAAGCCACCAUCACGCUGGGGCAUUUCGGGCAGACUAAUCCUAAUACUUAAAGACUACUUAAAUCUAGACAGGUUAAGAGUGGUAUAUUUUAAUUGGUCAUUAUUUUACAAACUGAACAGAAUCAGGCUGUAAGUGUCAUGCAACCUCUUAACAAUAAAGAAAAAAACUGUCUAAAGGGUACUGUGAAGUUUUUAUUGAGUGAUACAGCAAUGAAAUGGUUUAAAUAGUGAAAUGGUUUAAAUAAGUAGUAGAUAGAACAACAAAAUGGUUUAAAUAAGUAGUGAAUAGAACAGUGAAUGGUUUAAAGUAGUAGACAGAACAACGAAAUAGUUUAAAUAAGUUUUAAAUAAGCUCUGAUCCACCAGGAGGCCUGGUCACAGACUGGGCCGCGGGGGCGUUGACCCCCGGAACUCUCUCCAGGUAAACUCCAGGUAUAGAACAGUGAAAUGGUAUAAAUAAAUAGUAGAUAUAACAACAAAAUGGUUUAAAUAAGUAGUGAAUAGAACAGUAUAUGGUUUAAAUAAGUAUUAGGUACUACAUGUACAACUACUGGAAAAUUAAAAAAUAUUAGUGGUGGACUAAAUACUGAAGAUGGGACAUCACAAACUUAAUCUUGUUCCUGUAGCUAAGAAUAGUCAUAAUAGGUAAGUAAUUGGAAGAGUUGGACUGGCACCUGAUCUAACAGCAUCAAGCUAGGUACCAUAUAUUGAAAUUCAAAAUUUUAUUUCUUUGCAUAGUUUUCAAUGUAUAAUUUACAUAUUAUAAAAUAUUGUUAAGCACAAAGACACCAAUAGCAUGCAGCACUUCAUAUUUAGUCUUCCUCAGGACAUGAAAGUGUAAUCUUUCUUUUUUAAACAGGGUGGGAUUACCUUAACUCUGUAAGCCAGCUACAAACAAACUUUAUUUCUUUCGCAGUAUACCAAAUGUAGUUUACGUGUUAAGCACAAAAGGAAGCCACUAGUAUCCUGUGCAUUUCAAGCAGACUAGGCUAAUGUAUGAGCGCCAUUAGUACACUAAGAGAAAACACAGAAAGUGUCCGGGGCCCAAGACUGUUCAACAGCCUCUCACCAGGCAUAAGGGGAAUUACCAAUAGACCCCUGGCUGCCUUCAAGAGGGAGCUGGACAGAUACCUAAAAUCAGUACCGCAUCAGCCAGGCUGUGGUUCGUACAUUGGAUUACAUGCAGCCGGCAGUAACAACUUAGUUGAUCAGGCCCUGAUCCACCGGGAGGCCUGGUCAUGGAUCGGUCCACGGGGGCAUUGAUUCCUGGAAUAUCCUCCAGGUAGACUCAAGGUAGUCAUUGAUAUAUAACAUUGGUAAGCCAGCAGUUGCUUAAUCACUCAUACCUAACAACAGUAUUAAAGAGGAUGCUUUUUUACAGAUACCCAACAUCAAUUAGAGGCUAUUUUUUAAUCACUAAUAUCCAGCAUCUGGAUGCCAAGGGUUGGGUAAUCACUAAAUUUAACGUCAUUCACCGAAGAUCCAUGGCAGGAGACCUUUCCUGUUGCCCGAAUAACAAAACACACCAAUUCCUAUAUAUCAGUAGGAUUUAUCCAAUGGGGUAAGGAUACUUCUAUGAAGGUGAGCCUUAGGUUUAUUGGUAUAAAUGUACAGACAGUUUGCUUGAUGCUAUGCGUUGCCAGGCCAACGGUCUGCCAAGAGAAUUCUGAGAGAGUGUCCAGUUGCUGGAGUGUCCAAGCAGUAGUGAGACAGAUACAUCUCGUGGAGUGAGCUGUAGGUAGAACUAGGCCUGCCAGACAGCAGCACCAGACCUAGAGUAGUUACACCCAUACAGGACUUGAUAAAGCCUUGUUCUUGAACAAAACUUUGUGCAGUAAAGGCUUUCUGAGUGUAUUUGUGUUGCUGUAACACUGCCAUUAUGUUAAUAAGUGUGUGUAGUAGCAACAUUAUCAAAGGUAUCUUUGUGUGGUUCAACAUUGUCACAUGAAGUACAGGUGCUCCUUGACUUAGGAUGGCUUGACUUACAAUAUUUCGAGUUAACAAUGGUGCAAAAUCGAUUACUUUGGGGAUGAAACUUAAGAUAAUUACUCAGUAUAAAGGCAACAAGUCCAUAACUUGUGUUCAUUUAUUUACUUUUCAAUACUGGCAUUUAGUUAGUUACAGCAAUUAUUUGUUUAUUUACCUAUUCAGUGACAGUAGUUAUUUAUUUACUUAUUUAUUUAGCAUAUCAUAUUCAUAUUCAACUUACGAUUAAAUUGUCAGAAUAUAACCCCAUUGUAAGUUGAGGAGCACUUGUAUUGAUAUAUUGCCAGACUUGGUCCUAUCUCGACUAAGAUGUCCCAUGUUGACUAGAGGAUUCACUGCCCACCGAUGGACCUGCUCUUGAUCUCAGAUGAUAAUGUGGAUGGAAUUUCUGCGAUUGAAAUAGACAUGCAUAUGAUUUUGUCUUUAAAUAAUGAAAUGGUCCCAAUUUCAUAAUGUAAAAUGUCUGACUCAGUUCAGUAUUGUCUCAGUCUACCAUUGAGUUGUACUCAAUUUUUGUAGCCAGAGAUCUUGAGACAUAAAAUCCUUUACUUAGGAUGAAUAUUUGUAUGAUGUUAAGACAUUAAAAUAAUGUAUAAACUAUAUAGGAGGGCCCUGUGUAUUCGGCACCCUCUUUUUGGUGUUUCACAUUUUUAUUGGUUUUCAAUUGAGCCAUUGUUCAUUAUGUUCAGUGCUUUUACACCGAAUUUGCCAUUUUCAUACAACGAUUGCGCAAAGGAAGGGCGACCAGCACCACAUUUUAAGGUAGGUAUUUUAUGUAUUGUGUAUUUAUUUUACUUUUCUAUCUUUUUUUUUAUGCCUAGUUGUAUUGAGCACUUAAUAUAUGAAAGUGUAAACAAGGUAUCAGGCGUUUUGGACGCAUUCAGUAAUGAAAACAUGCUCUUUUCCACCCACCAGCAAUUUUCAUUUGCCGUAUGGGGUCGGGAACCUCAGAGCUGUACAAAGGGGGCCCCCCUGUAUAUUUUUUAUACAAGUGAACAGGACAGGCCAAACUGUAUAACACAUGUUCCACUGCCACAAAAAUGUAUUUAUAAAAGCAAUAUCAUUUUAAACUAUAAUGAUUAUUUAUGUAAUAUCAAGCUGUAGCCCAGUGCAAUAGCAAUAUUGUCAAAAUCUUUGUAUCCACAGUAUCACAAUCAACAUUAUGAUAGCAUUUUGUAGAGACUUAUAAUUUUGUAUACUCAGUGAAGACAUAAUGCUGAUAAAUGGUAAAACCACACUUAGUGCAGUGUAGUCUUUAUACAAAUUUAUUGGUAUUGUACAUUGUUUUACUCAUGAGUGGGUUCAUCAUGUACUCGAUAAAGUCCACUUGUGGACGAAACAUUGUACCAUUCAAAACAUCACUACGUUAUCAUUUUACCAAUAAUUUUUUUAUAAAUCUGUAUAGUAUAGUAAAAUAUUAUGGUUAUUUGGGAAUGUAUUUGAGUAAAGUUGAGCCAGGCAAUAAGCUAAUGAUCUGCUCUUGCCAGUUGACAUAAAAUAUCACUAUAGCUAUUGAGAAGAGUUGAAGACCUGUAUAAACAGCUUUCCCAUAUCUUUAAGGAAUCACUAAACAGGUGAAUUGCCAGACACAUGAUAGGUGGAAAAUGUGAUCCCAAGAUUCACAAGGGUAGAGAGACAAGAAGCCCUGAAUUACAGAUAAGAUUCAACUUGAUGCAAAUUAUAGCAAAAAAAGACUAAUAGAAAACUUGAAAAUAUGGAAUACUUUACCUAAUAGCAUCUGCAUAGCUUCAGGAAUGCUAAGUCAUGUCUUAAAUAUGAUAAUAGAGUUCUAAGGGGCUUGAACAUUCAACAGACAUGGGAGAGUGUAUUCUGUUGGAGUGAGGGGAAAUACGUGCUUUUUAUGAUGUGAUGUGCUGUUGGGGUGUGUUCACGGAAACAUUUAUAAAGGGAUUUAGGAAAACUGGUUAGCCAGACUUGAGUCCAGGAGGUGGGAAGUACAGUGCUUGCACUCUAAAAGAGGGGUGAGGAUGUUGGUGUUCAGAGGUCAUCUGAACUGUGAUGUCAGUACACUAAUGGCAAGACAGCAAUUGAGUAAAUGACAGUAAAUGCGUUUCCUAUUUUUUUCCAUCACUCUUUCUCGGUGGGAGAGGGCCCCUUUUUUUCUUUUUUUUUUCUUUUAAGAUGACAAAGUUUCGACAAGAAAAAGAAGAGUGGGUAAAGUGUAUGUUCCUACACUGGAAGAAUGCCUUUAAAGUGUAGUGUCAUAAAAUACUGCUGCUCAAGUUGGUAGAAAAGACACAAAAUCAGAGCAUACCUUCAUAAUGAAGGUUUACUUGACAUUGUCAGCAAUACCUGCCUUCUUCAACUCAAGAGAUUAUGUAGUACCUGAGAUAUGAAAGAUGAGGAGUCACAGUGAGCAAGGAAAUGUGUACAUCAUGUGAAUGGUUUCUUACUCAGAUUCCUGGAGGUUAUCCGUAAGUAUGUUAAUUUUGCAUAUAAUAUGACUAUUAUUCUGUUUAUAUAUGCUUCUGGGGAUAGGUUUAGUGUGAUGUCUACCCCAAGGUUAAUUUUCUUAAUUGGUACCUUGUGUUUCCUUGCAAUUGAUAUGUUUUCUUCAGCCACUUACUGUUGUCUCUCCAGACCUUGCAGUUUCCAAUGGUCACCUUCUCUUUAUGUCCUCUUCAUCAACAGUAUGGGUUCUAGUACAGGACUUAGUGGAACAACACUUGUGACUGAUGCUCGUACUGAUGCUUCUUCCUGCACUGUGAUUCUGCCUACUGUCUCAAAUAUUUUUUUCAUCCAGCGGAAUGCUUUCUUUCUCAGCCCAGUAAAUAUCUAUUGCAAAUUUGUUACUUGGAUGAUUGUCUACUAUUUUCUUUAAUAUUGGCACUCUUUCUAUUCACCAAAUGUUGUAUUUUCCAUCCAAUGGCUUCUUGGACAUCAUUGUAAGGCAAAUGUUGUAAUUAGGGCCUCUGUCCCCAUCCUUAGGGCCAAUAGUGAUAUCUUUCUGAUUCGUUAUCAUUUUUAUUUUAAAAUAUGUUUCUAGGGAAACACCUCUUGACAGUUACAUUCAAGAUCCUUAUGUAUUAUCUGCUUUUUUCAGUGAGUUUCCUUGUUUCAUCAAUAUAAUGAUAUCACCUGUUCUAGAAUUUUAAGUUUCCUCUUGAUGUGGCUGUGAAGGAGUUUGAACUCAGACUUUGCCUUAGUUGCUGUCUCUAUUUUUUUUAAUUGCCUUUGAGCCUCUCAUCUCAGCCUUGGGUAAAGUGUCCCAUUUUUUAUUGUUCUUUGGUGUCUAUAUUUUUUUCCAUUCAUCCUUGGUCCUGAACUGUGCUUCUUUGCAGUUUGUUGAAUCAGAGGCUUUCUUUGUUUCUGUAUUUCUACUUUUUUGGCAGGAAUAAUUAGUUAAUAUUUUUAUUUCUACAAGUAAAUGUACAAGGUAUACAGGCCUAGCUGACAUCAAUGACAUAGUACUAUAUAGAAAGCCCCUUGUUAUGCAGAGCAUUUCAGUCAAAUUAGGUCAGUUUUUUCCCAGGAUGUGACCCACAUCAGUCGACUAACAUCCAGGUACUCAUUUUACUGAUAGGUGAACAGGGACAACAGGUAUAAGGAAACAUGCCCAAUGUUUCCACCCUUGCUGGGAAUUGAACCUGGACCCUCAGCGUGUAAAGCGAGAGCUUUACCUACCAGGCCAUAGGCCAUGUUAGUUAUUUCCCAGCGACUCUAAAAAUAAUCCAUCAUGAAUUGUAAACAGUUUCCAUUAAAUAAGUUUUCCUAGUUUUACUUUGCAAGGAAUCUACUCAUGAAUUCACUGUACCUUCUUUUAGUCUAUUUUUAGCUACUUUGCUGUAUGUGUGGUCGGUAUUCAUAUGAGAGAAUGCAGAGCUUGCAUUUAUGGAAAUGAAUGAGACUAUGAGGGCCAAUCUCUCUGUUUUAUUCAUAGGGAAGUGAUAAACUCAUAGUGAUCAUACAGCACCUGAGGAAUAGAAGGUAAUCAGAUUUGAUCCAAGGAUGGGAAGGUAGCUUCGGUUCCUUGGAGCAAGGCAUCCCUCUCCUUCCUAAAGGAAGGGCCAGUCUAGUCAGUCUAUCUUUUCAGCUUUGCGGGAUCACAGUCAUAUUGGCUCAGAGGUUUUCUCAUUUGCAGUCUCUCAAACUCUUCCUUCUGUGAGUUUUGUGCCCCAUUUUGGGUCACAGUUUCUCCAUAUACAGUAGCCACAAAUGUCACAUUUUCCAUGAUAUGCUGUGGUAUUCUUGUUGCUAUGGUCAUAUUCAUCUCUCUGUCCUUAUAUUGUAGAGGGAAAGCUAGUUGUAUACACAGUACUUCUCUGUGACUACUGUUAAGUCCUCCAUUAUCUCUGACUCCUGGAGACAUACGGCACAAAGCCUACAAAUGGUGAAAUGACACAAUUGCAGAGAGUAACUUUACUGAACUCUUGAGAGGCCUUCACCUUGAAGGUUUAGCAAGCAUUACUUUAACACAUUGGCUGUCUUCCACUGAGACACAGUGAGUGAAUAAAAGAAAACAUUUUCCCCCAUCAUUCAUUUAAUUGCUGUCUUACUAGAUUCAUGCUGACAUCACAAUUCACAUAGCCCUCUGAAUUGCAGCAUCUCCACCCAUCCUCUUCAGAGUGUAGGCACUGUAUUUCCCACCUCCAGGACUCAAGUCUGGAUAACCAGUUUCCCUGAAUCUAUUCAUAAAUGUUACCCUGUUUACAUUCCUACAGCAUGUCCAGUCAUAAAAAACCACUUGUGCUCACACAAAUCUAUUGGAUGUCCAAGCUCCAAGCACUCAAAACCUCCUUUACCCCCCCCCUCCCUCUCCAACCUCUCCUGGGACAACCCCUGCCCCUCCUUUCAACCUUUCCUGGGAUGACCUCUACCCUAACCUUCAUCCUUUCCCUCCAUUUCAGAGUUAUAAACCCUCCUAGUCAUCCUAUUAUGCUCCAUCCUCUCUGAAUAUCCAGAUCACCAGAGCACAUCCUUCCUCAGCCCUCACAAUAAUACUUUUGGUAACCCCAAACUUUCUAAUAUCUAAACUCUAAAUGCCCCACAUAAUAUUCCCACCACACGCUGCCCUCAAACAUGACAUCUCCACUGCUGCCAUCCUCCUCCUCACUGCAACAUUUAAAACCCAUGUUUCACACCAAUAUAAUAGUAAUGACACUAUUAUACUCUUGUACAUUCCCCUUUUUUUAUCUCCAUCAGCAAAGUUCUUGGUCUUCAUAGAUGGCUCAAUGCACUGCCCACAAUUUUUCCCCCUUGUCUGUUCUAUGGUUCACCUGUUCUUUCACAGACCCAACCACCAAAAAAGUCCCCUACCAAAUAUCUAAACAUUUACUUACUCCAUACUCCCUCCCUUCAGUCUGAUAACCAAUCUUUCAUUGCCUGGAAUUUUCUUUACUCUUAUCACCUUGUUCUUUCCUAUGUUUACAUUUAAUUUCCUUCUUUUAUAUACCCUCCCAAAUCCCUCCACCAAUCUUUACAACUACUCUUUAGAAUCUCCCAAAACAACCAUGUCAUCAGCAAAGUGCAACUGUGACAACUCCCAUUUUAUAUUAAAUUCACUAUCUUUCGGUUUCACAUCUCUCCCCAAAACCCUUGUGUUUACUUUUUUACAACCCCAUCUAUAAAUAUGUUUAACAUCACACUAUGAUUGUGAUGUCACCAUGUAAUAAUCUCUUGCUCAUUAUUUACCGCUCAUGGAAGCCAAAGGUUUUCCUAGUGUUAGGCACAUUGUAGACUUUUUACUUAAGUAUUACAUAGAUAAAUACACAAAUAACCCACACAUAGGAGAAAGAAACCUAUGAUGAUGUUUUGGCCCAACUGUGUGUAAUUCAUUAAUGGUCCAAGUUGGACUGAAACAUCACAUGUUUCUUUCUCCUAUAUGUGGGUUAUUUCUGCAGUGUUUCAGUCACAGUAUUGUGCCUUUUUGUUCUUUCUGCAUUGAUAAAUAGUCACGUUAAUUAAAGUUUUAGAGGAUGCCAAGGUACUAUUAUUUCAAGUAUUGUCCACUUUUUUUAGGUACAUGUAUAUAUAUGAAUGGGUGUAGUCCAGUGGCAGUUACAAAUGCACAAGUUACACACAUCUGCACUUAAAACCAAUUAUUUUUACAACUGCAGUCAUAAUAUGUACAUGAGUAAGACUUAAAAUAGCCUUUGUACUAUUAAUUUCUAUACAAACAACUCAUGACUCAUGAAAUCGUAAUGACAUGAUUGCAAACAAACCAUAACACGGGUGGGGUUUGAACCCGCGGUCAGAGAGAUUCGUCUGUAAAAGCUUGCAUUUGUGGUCACGGUGGUGCCUAUGCUUACCUUCCUAUGGUGUAGAAAUAUACCUAGUUGGAUGAAUCUUAUUGAAGGUAGCUGGCACAGUGGCUAACGUGACGGUCUGGAGUUUUGAGACUCUGACCGCAGGUUCAAAUCCCACCCGUGGUAUGAUUUUUUUAAACAACUCAUUUUUAAGUCAAAGAACCCGAGAUACAACUCAUUUGCAAGUUAAGAAGACACAUACAGCUUGUUUGUAAGCCAAAAAAAAUAUAUGCAACCUGUUUGUAAGGAGAAAAAACAUACAGUGGAACCUCAGUGUUCGUCUUUAAUUCGUUCCAGAGAGUCUGACGAAAACUGAAACAAUAUUACCCAUAAGAAAUAAUGUAAAUCCAAUUAAUCUGUUCCAGACACCCAAAAAUAUUAACAAAAAAAUACAUUUUAUAGAAAAUGACCAUAGUUUUACAUACAGAAAACAAUGAGAAAUAAAUAUACAGCACUAAUGAAAUGGAUAAAUGAACAUUUAAAUCACUUGUACCUUUAUUGAAGACUUGUUUGUGUAUGGAAGAUGGAGAGGAGAGGUUAUCUCUACCACCAGCACUACCACCCUCUACCAUAAUCACUACCACCCUCUACUACCAUCACAACCAAUACCACCCUCUACCCCCAUCACUACCACCCUCUACCACCAUUGAAUUCUAUCAUGUUUCUCGCCUUCUUUAUCAAAGGGCUUGCACUCGGAACUUUCUUUGGCCCCAUGGUGACUUAUUUAGCAGUUGCACUCAAUAAACAAGCACAAAAAACAAUGGAUUAUUACGAAAUGUUUCGUAUGAAUGCAUAGGGUAAUAUUCACUCGACAAGAAACUAAGCCAAACUGACCCAGAAUGCGUGUGUGGGAUGCUUUGUGUGGGCGUGGGCAGACGGACACAUUCAGUACGGAGGAUGAAAACUGAGGUGAUGAACGAAAACUGGGACAAUAUUUUGAUGAAGAAAGUCAUCAAAAACCGAAUUCGACGAAAACCAGGGGAUUCGAAAACCGAGGUUCCACUGUAUAGGCGUUUUGUUUGUAAACUGAAAAAAAAAAAAUGAAACAUAUAUAUGUAUCUUGUUUGUAAACUGAUAAAAAAUAUGCAUCUUGUCUGUAAGGUGAAAAACAUAUGUGACUCAUUUGUAAGUUAAAAAUCACUUAGUGAUCUUGUGUACAGUUGUACCCAGAGACAAAAUACUGUAGUUGCCUUUACAGUACCAAAUAAUCUCAUAAAUACUGGCUCUUAUAGUGAGCAUUCCCUCUGAUCAUAGAUAUUUUAUAAGGGAUACCAUAGAUGCAUCGUUUCUGAUGCGUAAGAUGCAAAAUUCUAUGCCUUUGUAUUGUAGAUAUUAGGAAAAUUAAAUAUUGAAAUGACAAUAUGCUUUGUUAGGUACAAGGACACAAGUGCAAUUAAUGCAACAUUUUAUUGUGGUAAUGUUCCGCUCUCCAGGAGCUUUGUCAAGCAUUAGUCACAUAUGUGUUCUUUUAACUAACAUGUUGUCGGUAAUUCUACCAUUAUCACAAUAUGCUUUGCAUGAUUCCGUCUGUAUAUUUGAACUUGUUUAUUCUGUAUCUCAGAUGACAGCCCUGGUUGGCUGUUUUGAUUUCUGUCAAAAUAAUUUUCAAAGUACCAUUGUUACAUAUGGUAUUAAAUUUUAAGAGGAGCAGUAGUCUCAUAGUAUUCAUAAAUAUAAAGAAUACUCAAUAAAGGUGUACAUAAUGACUGGUUCAUAGUGCACCACAGGCAUACAGCCAGUUAUGAGCAAUAAAGACUAUUCAAGUGAAGUGACAGGGUUCAAACAGAUGGUCUGGUGAUCUUAGUAUUUUUAGCUGAGUGCUUAGUAUUUUUUACCUAUUGUUACAUCAUUUGAUUGCACCCAUUAUUAUUAUUAGGUUUCUCAUACAAGCCAGUUUUGUACCCAUUUGGCAGUGUUCUUUCUUUCACGUCACAAUCCACAGUUGCAUUAUAAAUUCUAUUUAUUUCAUCUUUCAGUAUAGAACUGUAAUUGUCAGUGUAUAUUGUUUUAGAGAGUAUCAGUCAUUUUGAGCAGUAAGUAUUUCAUUAAAGGAAUAUGCUAUCUUGAAUCACUACCAUAGCUUUCUUGAAUGUUUAGCUUAUCUUCUAUCACUGUCAUACCUUAUUGUAUUGUUACAUUUUUCUCCUUAGAAGCUGGGCACCUGUGUGCUUACUACAGUAGAGCAUCAAUUUGGAAAAUUUACAUUAUCAGUUGCCAGGGAAAUCAGGUCUUCACAUUUUUUAUUAGAUUUGCAUUCUAAGGUAAUUAGUCACAUACAACUACACAUGAAUAAAAAUAAUCUUUUCUAAGUACAUAUGAAGAUGACAAACUACAGUUUUUAAUGCAGUAACUGUUAAUUCUGAGAAGGAAUACAAAAGACAAAACAGACAGGCUUGGAUAAGUGAUUGUAAACAGAUGGUAUUAGUGAGGAAGCUUCGCACUAAAGCUCUCUACAUCUUUAAAAUUAUUUUUACAUCUCUAUAUAUAUAUACGUCUUACAAGCCACCGUUUUUGACGUAUAUAUACUCAUAAAUUCUAGCGGCUUCAAAUCAAGCAGGAGAAAGCUGGUAGGCCCACAUGUGAGAGAAUGGGUCUGUGUGGUCAGUGUGCACCAUAUAAAAAAACAUCCUGCACCACGCAGUGCAUAAUGAGGGAAAAAAAACUCCUUUUUUUUUUUAUUAAAAUGCAGACUUUGUGGUCUAUUUUCAUAUAGUGUUUAUGGUUGUAUUCUCUUUUUCUUGGUCUCAUUUGAUAGAAUGGAAAACAUAUUAUAGAAAUAGAGGUGAUUGUGAUUGGUUUUACUAUGAAAAGAACCUUGAAAUAGAGCUCAAAGUAGGGGAAAUGUUUGAUUUUUGCUGAUGUUCAAAAGUAAACAAAUGAUGUCAUUUUCCAAUAAAUGUCCAAGUAGCCAUACUAAUAUGCAGUCAUGAAUGGGUUGACAUUAUUUAUACAAUUAUUACAAUAUUGCAGUAGUCUGCAUAACAGUAAAUCUUCUAUUUUUUGUUGAAUAAAAAUUCAAAAUAGAAAGCAAGAGUAAUAUCAGAGGGGCCUGGAGAUGUGAGUGAUGAACAAAGAAAAUGUUAUUUUAGAGCCAGGAAUGUCUGCAUUGUUCAUUCUGGACCCUAUUUUGAAAUUGUCAUAUUUUUUAAUUUUCAUGAAAUUGGCCAAAUUGCAAAUUUCUGACCACAUUAUUGGGUAGUUGGAAUCGGUAAAUGGGCUGUUUCUUGUACUCAUUCGGUAGAAAAAAUGGAGUUCUAAAGAAAUAGCUAUGAGUUUGGUUGACUGGAACAAUGGAAUUAGCCGAAAAUAGGGCUCAAAGUGGGUGAAAUCGCCAAUUCGUAAAUAUUGCCGAGGUCGCUAACUUUGCAAGAGCGUAAUUCCAUCAGUUUUCCAUCAAAUUUCGUUCUUUUGGUGUUAUUACAAUCGAGAAAAGAUUCUCUAUCAUUUCAUAAGAAAAUAUAAUUUUUUUUUUUUUGGUGGGGGGGGGGGGGGAGAUUUUGCAACACCAGGAGACACCUCAGAUUUUGGGGUUGUGACAGUCAAGGGGUUAAUACAGCAUUAUUUAUAAACCUACACAUUCAGUAAAAAUGAAAUAUUUUUGUUUAUAUGAUGUAGAGGUGCACCUUCUGCUGUUUCCUUCCCUUUUCUAUCAUACCCCUUUAUAGUUUCAUGUAGCAAACUUGCUAAGGUUUCUCCAUAGUGUAUAUUAAAAGGCUUCAAACAUACACUUUGCAGUCAAAUAAUUUAAGGCAGCUAUUGCAAGUAUUGGGGCAAACAGUCUUUUAACCCCUUCAGGGUCCAAGGCCCAAAUCUGAAGUGGUGCCCCAGUGUCCAAGAAUUUAAAAAAAAAAAAUUUGUUAUUUUUUCUUAUGAAAUGGUAGAUAAUCUUUUUGUGAAGGUAAUAAAACAAAAAGUACGAAAUUUGAUGGAAAAUUUACGAAAUUAUGCUCUCGCAAAUUUUGAUGUGCCAGCGAUAUUUACGAAUCGGUGAUUUUGCCGACUUUGACUCCCAUUUUAGGCCAAUUACAUUAUUCCAGUCAACCAAAUUCUUAGCUAUUUCACUAGUAUUACUUCUAUUGUAUCGAUUGAGCACAAGAAAUCGCCAAGUCAACUGUUUCAACUACAAAUUAAAGUGAUUGGAAAUUGUUAAUUUGGCCAAUUUAACACAAAGUUCAAAAUAUUCCAAUUUCAAAAUAGGGUCCAGAAUAAACAAUGUAUGUAUUCCUGGAACUAAACUAACAUUUCCUCUGUUCAUUAGUUAUGUUUUGAGACUUUACAAAUAAAUUCCAUUUUGAUUUUUUAUUCACACCAAAAAAUAGAAGAUUUACUGCUAUGCAAUACUGUAAUAAUUGUAUAAAUAUCAUCACCAUAUUUGUGAAUGCAUAUUAGACCCACCAGCUGGCGCGUAUUAAACGUGUGAGGUCGUUUGUUUACUUUUGAAUAUCGGCAAAAAUUUAACAUUUCUGCUACUCUGAGCUGUUUCAAGCCAUUUCCAGUGCUAAAACCAAUCAAAAUCAUCUCUAUUUCUGUAAUAUGUCUUCCAUUCUAUCAAAUGAGACCAAGAAAUCGCAAAUAGAACUAUAAAAAACAUACGAAAAACACUGCAAAGUCGCUGUUUUAAUCGAAAAAUCAUGAUUUCAGUUUUUUUCUCUCAUUAUACACAGCGUGCUGCAGGAUCUGUUUUAUGUGGUGCACACAUACCACAUAGAUGUAUUCUCUCAUAUCUAGGCCCAAAUGUACCAGUCACAGUUUAUCAGAGUGAGCUGAGCUCAUGACGUAGAUCUACGGUUUGGACCCUGAACGUAAAGCCGUAGAUCUAUGGGACGGACCCUCAAAGGGUUAAAUGUACCUCAUCUCGUUAAAUUUUUUAAACCACAUCACUUAAUUUGCACUCUUUGAAAAUGUAAAUUUUUGUAACUCAAGUUUCCUUAAACACUAGGGUAGAAUGUGAACGACUAUAAAAAAAAAGAAAUGGAGAUAAGAUUAACACAGCUGUAUCUUCAAAGAAGAUACUGUACACUCGACUCUUACAGAUGAAUUGUCAUGGCAAUAAAUGAAGUGUGCAUCAAGUUAGUGAUAAUCAAAGAUCGAGCAGACAGAGUUUAACCCAACAUCCAAAGCUGAAUCUGGGUCAGAUCUGUAGUUAGUGAGUUAUCGUGUGAUUUCAAAACCACGGAACAGAUGGGUUUGAACCCAUGGCGAGCGAGUUGUAAAACACCCGUUCCAUGGUAUGUUUGCAGUCGUGUUAUCACAGUUUCGUGAUUCAGGUGAUAUCAACCUGUCACGUUAUUUUCCCUGGCUAAUAAAUUAACAUCCGUGGUCAGGCUGUAACUUGCUCCUACGUAUUCUAGCUUUUGUAGUUCAUAAAUACACAUAGCAACAAUUGAAAAAUAUUGAAGACAACAUUUUACCUGUACAGCAGGCUUUAUAGUUUGAUCAUACCGUAAAGCUUGCUAAGGGGGUGAAACAUUGUCUUAGAUAAAGUUUCCAAUUGUUGUUUGUGGCUUUAUAAACUACAACUACAGUACUAUUAUCAUUCUGUAUUCUGUCACAUACUCUUACUGAUGCUCUGCUGUAUUUUAGCUGUAAGUUCCAGUAUUCUAGCUUUUUUAUAUUAUGACUCUUUAGUCAAUGCAUUUCUACUACAUACACACACACACACACACCUAUCUCUAAACAUACAUUUUGCUUCUUUUUUUUUUUCUAAAGAAUGAAUGUCUGUUUCAAAUGGUAAUUUUUCCCAGGUUCUUUGAGGCCUUUUGAAGUUUUUCUUGCAACCAGUGUGCCAUUUAGAUUAAUAAUUUAGUGUUUUGCUUUAAUUAUCUUUUAGUAAGAAAGGUUUGAGAACCUCUUGUCUCACAAUUUUAGAUAAAAAUGCAGAACUUGACUUAAGAAUAUGAUUGUUUUCAUGGUUAAUCAAAACUAUACUGUGUAUUACCUUUUCAAGGGUAUGAUUUUAACUGCAUGUUAUUAAGAUUAUUAUACAUUAUUCAGUAGUGUUUUCUAAACACUAUAAUAAGUAUGAGAUACUGCCACCUGUGUUGAAUAUUAUGUUUUUUUUUACAUUCAUGGGGAAGCAUAAAACCUGUAGGGGUCAAACAGUACCUGGAAGAGGGAGGGAUGGGGGGUAAAUAUGUUUGAUCCAAGGAAGGAAUCAAGAGCCCCUCACUAGUAUCAAGGCACCUCCCUUGAACUCAUAAAAUUAGAGAUGACACCCAACUUUACCUCAUUAAGCUUAGGGCCUGAAGGAUACAAUGGAAAUCAAAGCUCAUUAUGGAUCACAGUUUUUUUUUCAUAAUUUUUUAUGUAAUGUGCUAAACUCAUGUGGGUCAUUGACCUCAAGGAGUGAUAGAGGCUCAAUCUAGCAUGCAAAAUGCAGUUAGACAUGCAGCCUAACUGUAUGCACCUACUUCCUUUGGAUCACAAAUAUUUGUUGCAGUGUACAGUAAUUUGUCUUGAUCAUAUAUAGACAUAAUGUUCAUGGUUAGCUGUGUUAUACACACACACACUUAGUGGUGUGGAUUAUUAUUAUCAUGGGAAUGAUGUAAACCCAUAUGGGUUGUACAAUGCCUGGGGAUUGGGAGGAGUGGCUGGUAAUCAGGUGUGAUUGUAGAUUCAAAAGCCCUUCAGCCUCAAGGCUUGAAGAGUUAAUGUUGUGGAAUAUGUAUUAUGACUUGAGGAAACUUUAAAUAAUUUGCUGUAUAUUUUAUUCUCUUGUAGCCUGUUAAAAUUAGCACAGUACUAAUUGGUAUUAUUCAGUUUAGAAUUAUUACAGUAUAGUAUGUAUUUGUAUUGUACAAGUUUAUUUUUAACUUUUUAAAUAAACAGUCAUAGGCGUUAAUUCUUGUAUUAAUAUAUGCAUCAUAUAAAUACUGCAUGAUCUAUUAUUAUAAAGGUUUAAGUUUUAUAUAAAAAUUAAAUAAAUCUCUAAAUGUAUAAAUAAUACAUUACAUAUUUGUAAUUGAAUCAGGAAGAAUUCACAUCAACACAGACUAUAUAAAUGCACCAUGAAUCACUUGUCUUAAUUUUAAUAUUUAGGGAUUUAUUUCAAUAUACUGUACAAUUUUCAUCUAACUUUUCCUAGCUUAAGUGAACUAGGAAUGUGAUUUGACAAGAUGAAAUACUAAGAUCACCAAAACAACCAUCUUAAUGAAUGUGCUGCAACUAUAACCUGUGUUCGAAGGAUUCACUCUGACUGGUUAUUUGCUACCUAAUGUUGUCAGUAAUGACAGUCAAGGAUGCAUUUUUGUUUACAGGGAACUGAGAUUAUGCAGCUUAUCCAUGAAAAAGAUAUUGUGAAUAUACUUUGAUGAGUAUGUCUCUAGGAUGGCUCUGAGAAUUUGGCCUAAGUUACAUUCUAUCAUUCCAGUCUUAUCUCCUUUUGUGUUUGGACAUCUUGUGUUCAGUUAUUUUAUUGUAUAUAUUGUAAAUAUGUGUAAAUAUUAAUAUUGCACACACAUUGUCAAGUAUCAAUCUAGUCACUACUUUUUUAUGAUAAGUAUUAAUUUUAUUUGAUGUCUUACAGGUGGAGGUUAGGAUGUUGCUCAUCAAUACCUUAUAAUUAUUAUUAUAUUAAAAAUAAGCACUAAACCAAUAUGUGUCAUGCAGUGCUCAUCAAUACCAUAGUCACCCCUUCAUAUCAGAUAGAUGGUCACAUGUUUUCAUUACAGCAAAAUGUCCUUAUAAGCAGAAAUGGUAAAAAAAAAAGUCAUUGACAUUCUGUGCAGGUUUCCACAAUAUGCUUUCAAAUUGAAAGAGGUCCAAGAGUAAAAAAUCUAAAUAACUUCUGCAUUUUGAGACAUCCUUCAGUUUUUCUCUGAAACUGUACAAAAUGCACAAGAAGCUGUGAUGUUAUUCUUCUCUGGCAAAUAAGUUAACCACUACACAAAUAACCUGCACAUGGGAGAGUGAAUUAUUAUUAUUAUUAUAAUCAAGGGGGAAGCGCUAAACCUGGAGGAUUAUACAGCGCCUGGGGGGGGGGGAUGUGGAAGGCAUUCAGGCUUAAUUCGGGGAACUGGAGCACAGAUCCAAUUCCCUAAAUCAAGAGCCCCUCACCAACAUCAAGGAACCUUCCUUGAGGGGAUGGGAGAAUGAAACUUAUUAUGAUGUUUCUGUCCAACUUUGACCAUUAACUAGACACACAGAAGCACUUAUGUUUGACUAGUUAAUGGUCCAGAUCAGACCAAAAUGUUGUCAUAAGUUUGUCUCUUAUGUGCAGGUAAUAUGUGUAUUCCCGUCACAGUAUUGUGCCUUUUUAUUCUUUUUCAAGUUAACCAGUAAAUUGACAUUUUUUAAGCCAUGUAAUGAGCAUAGUAAUAUUGUACAUUGAGAGCCACACACUAUCCCAAAUGAGUGACAGUCCUGUUUUGUAGAAUUAUUCAAUAUAUAUUAAAUUUUUAGCUCAAACUUUUGAAUGUCUUGGAUGAAAAUGCUAUGAAUUCAUUGUUGGCAAUAACUUGAUGUUGCUUAAUGUAUACUGUUUAUCAUGGUAAUGCACUUGACAGCAUUAAAAAUCAUUUUUUACUUGUAUAAAUUUUUCUAUGGUUGUAAAAAUAUUUGUAAUUUAUUCAUUAAAAAUGUUUUAUUAAA